ACAAGGUAUCAGUUGUUUAACAAACAUUCAGCAAAAAUAAACAAAUCAAAAUGGCAGCCCGCUUCUUUGUAAUCUUCAGCGCCAUAUUCGUCCUGGCCCAAGGAUCAAAUCUUUUACCCAUUGAGCAGGAAGCGGAGGUGCCAAUCCACUCUGGUGCUCCUGCGGAAGUCAUUUCGCAAGGACAUCCAUCUGUGUCCCAAUCCGUUGGUUCUACUUACGGUCAAGGCCCACUUCAAGUUCCAAUUGGCGGAGGUCAUUCCGGAGUCGGAUUAGGGUUGGCUGGUGCACGACCCUAUGUGGCUGCACCUCGUCCUGCUGUGUCCUACGCUCGUCCUGCUGUGGCUGCACCUCGUCCUGCUGUGUCCUACGCUCGUCCUGCAGCCGUGGUGGUUCCUGCUUUGGUGGUUGCUCCGAUUCGCCAGCCUCAGGGAGUCCCUGCCCCAUCCGUUGUAGGAGCUGGUCAUGGAAAUGUGUACCAUGGUCGCCAUCAUGGCUAAGAGCCGUGCAAACACGCUUCCCGAAUCUAUCUGCGAUCCCGUUUGACACCAUUUAUAGACACCCAAUAGAACCAAUUGAAAUUAAGUUUUACAACCAUAAUAACACAAAUAAAAGAUAUGUAAAC